AUGACUGAUAUUACUGGUAUUCCUGCUUAUCAGUUUGACCGGGUAACAAAUACGUCGUAUCUGGGGAAAACAAGCAGAAACUCGUUUAUAUUUACAGCCGUUGCUGAUUCUGAAUGGACAGUUGGUGAAACUGCCCAUGUAAGCUAUGUUAUGUCUCUAAUUACUGAUACCGUUCUUCAGCACUUUUCAGAUAGAUAUCAGUCAGAUCCCAUUGCACUCAACUGCUUUUUUCUUGCCAAAACCAUUACGAGCAAUCUUAUUAUAGAAAUUGAAGAGCUUAAAAUAAGUAAAAAAGGCAUAUGUUAUGCUAGAGCAAUUCUCAAACAAACCAAAGAUUUAAAGCGUUUGGAAAGUACGGAGUCUUAUAACCCAUUUGAAUGGAUUGACAAGGUACAUAGUAUAUUUACUAUGAAAAAUAUGGAUUCUGAAAAAGGUGUUACUUAUAUUUACAAAAACCCUUUGCAACACCCUUUGGAUACCCUUGAACCAUAUACCUACCCUUAUAUGGCAGAUUUUGUGGACUGUUUAUUUGAUACAAGCAGCUUUGCAAAGGAUGAAAAGGAUGUCGGUAAACCGGAACAAACACAAGUCAUGACCUUUAAAGACGGAAGACCUACUGACUUUAAAAGUAUCCCUUAUUGGUGUGAUAUGAUUAUUUCUUCUGCUGCCCUGAUCGGUCCUGCUAUGACGGGUGGUCCUGUUUGGUGUGCUACCAUUCAAAUGGAGGUCCAGUUCAAAAGAAAACCAACGGGUCAAAAAAUUACUGCCCAUUUAAUAACCAAACACAUUAUCAACGGACGGUUCGAAAUUGACGGUGAAAUUUGGAAUGAGCAAGGUGAAAUUUUGGCAAUCACAAGACAUCAAAGUAUGAUCGUACCGUGGAGUCGUAAUAUCGAAGCAAAGAUAUAA